UCCUUUUAAUCAAUCCUACGUCAAGGACUAUAUAUAUUAUGCCGCCGUUACACGACAAUCUAACUGACAAAGGACUGCCAAGAAGAAUUACGCCGUACAGCAACUACUAGUUUACCAUCGCAAAUCAUUCACAUCGUACGGAUUAGCGAAUUGUACAACGUUGGAUAGGCACCAGGUAUGCCAACGUGCUGACUAUUGAUAAUUCUUGGCGGCUUUUCUCCUUCCGCUUCAAGGCACGGGCCAUAGACUACCUAAGCUGUCUACCUGUGUUGAGCCCUGCUCUUAGGCAUCAACAAUGUUCACCUUUUAUCCAUUUCCGCGCCUCCCAGCCGAGCUUCGCUUGUGCAUCUGGGCCUUGACAGUCGAACCUCGUAUCGUGGAGGUCCGCGUCGUGCCUGACAACCCGCUAAAAGUCCAGAGGCUAGUCUCGCCCACGCCGGUGCCGGCAAUGCUUCAAACCUGCCAGGAAGCUCGUAACUUGGGCCUGUAUAAGCAGGCCUUCUUCGAGGUCCCUGCCACUAAGGCCAAGGCCGCCGCCGGUGAGGAGUCGCGCUACGUCUGGCUAAACUUGGACAUCGAUAUGGUCUCUAUCGGGAAAACCUGGUUCAGAAAUUUCGCGCCCGUCGCAUUAUCCAUCAAGCGGCUAAGGUUCGAGCGCGAAAACUCGGAUGAAUGGUUCUACCACUUUGAAUCAAAAGAGCUCCGCGACUGGGUAAACACGGAGGAAAUCCAUGUAGUAUGUGGAGAUGGGAUGGAGGCGUGGCACGGGGCUUCCUACGAGCACCCCUGGCCUUGCGCCCCGGAAAACCUGUGGUUCUUCGAUCCAGACGAUGGCCGGAUGAUGAGAAGCUUCGAGAUGGAACAGAUGCUCGACGAAAGGCUGGCGGAGGUGUUUAGACAAAAUGAAGAGGCUGCCGAAGAAGCCUAGGCAGAGGGCAGCAGAUAUGACUACCUUAGUAGUGCUCGUCUCAGCCAGCUAAGAAUUAUCUCACGAAGGGAAAUCAAUCAUCGUAUUAUCUACAAUCGUAUCGCUGUUCACUGUUUAUACUACAACCGCGCUAUCUAUCCUAUUCUUCUUUCUCAUGCUCUGCCUCCUCUAACAUUCCUACUGUGCGAGACAUAUGUAACUACUUCUAAAUU